AUGAAGGCACAGCGUGUUUCCCUCUGGCUCCUGGGCACAAUGCUCUCCCUGUGCUCAGCGCACGCCCGAGGUCUCAGGAGAUGUCUGAUUUCCAUGGACAUGAGCCAUGUCGAAGAGACUUUCCAGGACAUCAAAAGAGCCAUCCAAGCUAAGGACACCUUCCAAAAUGUCACUAUCCUGUCCACAUCGGAGACCCUGCACAGGAUCAAGCCCUCAGAUGUGUGCUGCGUGACCAAGAACCUCUUGGCGUUUUACGUGGACAGGGUGUUCAAGGACCAUCAGGAGCUGGACCCCCAAAUCUUGAGAAAAAUCAGCAGCAUUGCCAACUCUUUCCUCUACAUGCGAAAAGUCCUGCAGCAGUGUCAGGAGCAGAGGCUGUGUCCCUGCCGGCAGGAAGCCACCAAUGCAACCAGAAUCAUCCAUGACAACUACCAGCAGCUGGAGGUCAGAUCGGCUGCCAUCAAGUCUCUGGGAGAGCUGGACAUCUUACUGGCCUGGAUUGACAAGAAUCACCAAGGAACUCCCACUGCCUGA